UGUGGGCAUCUUUCAAUCACAUUUGGCUCCCCAAUACCUUGCUAAAAUGAAGCAACAAACAAAGACCCUCUUGUCCUAAGCCUCAGGAGAUCAGGAUAACUGUCUCCAAACUUCAACAUUUUUAACCUUCUGCUCUCAAGUGAUUAGUUAAAUUAAGUUUUUAUAAGUUAAUCAAGUUAUUUGUCCUGUUUAGCAAUUUCAUUUACGGGUGUGAUGAAUUGUAAGUGCGUACGGGCAUGUAGCUCCACCUCCAAAAGUGUCUUCUAUUUUAAUUACCAUUAAACCCUUUCACUCCUUGUAAAAUUACCCUGAACCUGAACUAAUUCUUUAUGGAUAACCAUCACAAAGCAUGCACCAACUGACAGAAAAACUGCCCAUUUCAAAAGCUUGUGUCUCAUCUGAAUCAAAUAACCGCUCGAACUACAUAAGUAACACUCCCACUAAUGGGCACUCUUUUUUUUCCCUCUCCUUACAGAAUUUCACCCUCAGUGAUGACCAACAACACAGUUUCAGACACUGAAUUUCUCUUCUCUUCUGCUCAAACUCACCAAGUCAUCAAAAACUUUGCUUCUUCUCUCAGUCCUGAUGCCAAAUACCAUCAAAAUCCCCGCCGAAAAAGGUCCAAAGUGAUCAAGAUUGAUCCCAGUUCUACUCCAUCUUGUUCCCCUAGUGCUUCCAAGCCAAAGUAUGCCAGGAAACCUGACCCUGGUGCACCAAAAAUCACCAGGCCUUGCAGUGAGUGUGGCAAGAAGUUUUGGUCCUGGAAGGCACUUUUUGGGCACAUGAGGUGCCACCCCGAGCGCCAGUGGCGUGGCAUCAAUCCUCCACCCAAUUUUCUCCGCUCGGUUUCACCUGUUCGAGAUGAUGGCACAAUGACUGUGGCUGACCAUGAGGUUGCAGCAUGUCUUUUGAUGUUGGCUAAUGGUGAUCAGGGCGAUCAAUAUGGUACUUCUAGUCCUCCACAGGGGCUUCUUCUUCUUCAAGACAAUGAAUUCAACAUGGGAAAUUUGAGUGGCACCAGGUUCGAGUGCAAUAGUUGUAAGAAGGUAUUCAGUUCCCACCAAGCUUUAGGAGGACACAGGGCUAGCCAUAAGAAUGUGAAGGGGUGUUUUGCAAUAGCAAGAAGCGAUGGAUGUGAGAUUGAUCAGGAUCAAAUUGUGGAAGAAGAACAUAAGAAGAUGAUGAUGUAUUUGGGGCACAAGUGUAGUAUUUGUUUGAGGGUGUUCUCAAGUGGACAGGCUCUUGGUGGACACAAGAGGUGUCACUGGGAAAAGGGAGAAGAGCCUUCGCAAAAUCAAGGCCUCAGCAAUCUUUUGGACCUCAAUUUGCCUGCCCCAGUUGAAGAUGAUUCUGCAUCCUCCUCUUAUUCUUCAGGCCUCACUCUAGACUUGAGGUUGGGCCUUUGAUGUGAUUGAUUCAUUUAUUAAUUGGUAUGUGACUUUUAAGCCAGAUAUUGCAUCAUUGACAACUACAUAUGAUAUAUUUGACUUGGAUUUAAAGCAUUGUUGUUUGCUGGCUCCAUAAUUGGGAGGCCACAGCAUAGUUGUAACUUGUGGUGACUUAAUAAAUUACAAAUUUCUGUUGUUAG